UCAGGUGGCCAACUAUGGUGCACCACCACCAGAAACAUGAUGGAGGGCGAGGCGGUGGCAUUUGCGGUGGACUUUGACACGCGUCUGCAGGCGGUGAACCCACAUGUCUGAGCGAGGGCUAUGUACCCAGCCAGGCUGCUGGACAGGCAUCGCAGCUCCCUGCCCAGCAGGCCCGCCAUGGCCUCCAUCCUGCCCACUGCCAUCGUGAAUCAGUGAGACAUCUUCCCCUGCAAGGCAUGUGGGAUCUGGUUCAGGAGCGAGAGGAACCUGCAGGCCCAUCUGAUGUACUAUUGCAGUGGGCGACAGAGGGAGCCAGAGACGGUGCUGGAGGAAAACGACAGCGGCCCCCACCAAACCCCCAGUGUGUGCCCCUUCCCACAGUGCACCAAGACCUUCUCUGGAGCCAGGGCCCUGGAAAUACACCUGAGCACCUCACACAGUGGUGUCAAAAUGGAAGAGAGCCUCCCUCCUGGCACCAGCUUGAAAUGCACAAUCUGUAACUACACGGCAGAUUCUCUUAUUACAUUCCAGCAUCACAUCAUGUCUCACCUGUCACAGGCGGCCUUCAGAUGCAAUCACUGCCAUAUCAGCUUCCAGAGCCACAGGGAACUCUUACAGCAUCAGGACUUACAUGGGCACGGUAGCAAACUUCACAGGGAAGGCGACGGCACCGAGCAUUCCCCCAGGGGGCCCGAGGAAAGCCUCCAGCAGCAGAAGCAGCAGGCCCGCGCUGAGCUGGCCAACAGGAAGGAUGCUCUGCUGGGAAGUCCCAAAGGGGCCCUCAACAAGGAGACCAGCACAGACGGAGAGGCUGACAAGGCGGAGAAGAAGCCCAUGCUGUCCCUUCAGAAGGGAGAGGCUCACCCAGGCAGCAAAGCCAGUUUUUCUUACACUAGGAUCAAGUCUGAGCCCUCCAGCCCCCGACUGGCCUCCUCCCCUGUGCAGCAUAACAUGCCUACAUUUCCCAUGGGCCCCUUCUUGUCUCAGUUUGCUUUCUCCCAAGACAUUUCAGUAGUCCCACAGGCUUCUGAGAUUCUUGCUAAAAUGUCAGAGCUAGUUCACCGGAGGCUGCGCCACGGAGGGAACAACUACCCCCCUGUCAUCUACAGUCCUCUUAUGCCCAAGGGGGCCACCUGUUUCGAAUGCAAUAUCACCUUCAGCAACCUAGACAACUAUUUGGUCCACAAAAAGCACUACUGUAACAGCCGCUGGCAACACAUGACGAAGUCCCCCGACUUCUCCGCCCUCUCAGACAAGGUUCCAGAAGCGGUGAGCCCCAACAGUGGGCACAGUUCUGUUAACAUGUUGACCGGCUGCCACCCUACGGACGCCGACAACCACCUCAUGCAGUCCGCCUGUCUGACCUCCAAUGUGUUGGACAUGAUCAAUGCUGGGGCUAAAGGGCCAGAAAAGGAUCUAGCUGGACAGGUGAAGAAGGUCUCUACCCCAACAGGGGCUGAAGAGAGGCUCAAUGGCCAGCCCUUGGAGGGAAAAAGCCCCACUACUGGUCUGGUGGAAAGUGACAAUGACCCAAACAAGACGGUCUGUGAGGCCUGCAAUAUCACCUUCAGCCGCCACGAGACCUUCAUGGUCCACAAGCAGUACUACUGUGCCACCCGUCAUGACCCACCCAUGAAACGCAUGUCCAGCAACAAGGUCCCCUCCAUGCAGAGAACCAUCAGGGCCCGUAAGCGCAGGAAGAUGUACGAGAUGUGUCUUCCUGAACAGGAGCACCAGAGGCCCAUGGGUCAGCCAGGUUUUCUCGGGGUUCCUCCAAUGAACCCUUGUACAUCCCAGGAAGCAGUAGAGAGCCUAGCAGAUCGCUUCCACCCGCGCUGUGACAUCUUCCCUGGUAUGGUACCCAAACACCUGGAAGCCUCUCUGACUGUCACUAAACCUAUCAUGGCUCCCAAAUGCAAUACAGGGGAGCAACAGGAGCUGGACACUCCCAUCGAUCUCAGCAAAAAGUGUUCGCCAGCCUCUGACAAGACAUGUAGCUCCCCUAAAAGACUGUUGGACUAUCACGAAUGUGCAGUGUGCAAGAUAAGUUUUAACAAAGUGGAGAACUACCUGGCGCACAAACAGAACUUUUGCCCAGCAACAGCCGCCGCCGCUGCUGCUGCUGCUGCUGCUACUGCCACCGCCGCCGCUACUCAACACCAGAACGAGACUGGCAGCCUGGAGCCGACCAUGUUCCCCGAUGUGAAGAUUGAAGCCAACAACAACCCAGAUGAAGUCUACGAUAAGAGCCCGGGAAAAUGUGAGAAGAAUGGCAAUGGGAAAGUGUUGUUGCAGAAUGGAGGCAUGUUGCCCCCUCACUUGGGGCCCGCGCCAGGAGCCAAAACUUUUGCUGAGCCCCAGCUCAUCCCAUCAAAAGAUGAGAGCAAGAAUAUGUUUCUGUCCCACUGCCUCUAUCCCGGAGCAAUAAAGAAGAUGAAAGGUCCCGAACAAUUGUCGCCGUAUUUCGGGAUAAAGUCAACUGAUUAUGUGACUGGCGGACCAGCGAUGCAGGGAGAGGCCAGCGAACAGGAGCAGAGCGUUAAUGGGGGAGGUGGCACGGGAGGAGGGGAGACAGGAACAACCAGAGAGCAGGCCCAGCCGCCUGCUGCUAACGGUUGCCCCCACCCCGGCAAGGAACCCCUACCCCUACUGCCCAAAAACCGAGGCAUGGUCAUCGUCAACGGGGGGCACAAGAACGAGGAGCGUUCAGGCACGGCUCCUCCACAGCAGGAGAAUCUGCCAGACGGCCAGCCCCCCAACCCUUCACCCACGUGGGCCACCGAGAACCAGGGCGACUCCAACGAGAACAUGUCGCCUUCCUCCAAGUCUCCAAGCGAAGAGGCGCCGCCCACAACCAACAAAGGUGUGAACGGCUCUGGAAGUGGCAAGUACUGCCGCCUCUGUGAUAUCCAGUUCAACAACCUGUCAAACUUUAUUACCCACAAGAAGUUCUACUGUUCAUCACAUGCUGCAGAGCAUGUCAAAUAAGUUGAGAAGAAUAAGACACGUUCUUCUUUUUCUUCCCCCAGCCCUAUUCCCUUCCAAACUUUGACCCCCUUUUUUCUCCUAUGUUUUGGUACACUGUUGUGUCUGGAAUAGUGCAUCACGCAGUGCUAUACGCUGCUUGUGGACAAUCAAGAGAAGCUUCUUCUUUCAUUGUUUUAAGACUUGAUAAUGCAAAAACCAUUGGUUAAAAAAGAAAAGAAAAGAAAAAUGAAUCAAGAAUAAUAUUGGUGCCACUUUCACAUUAAUUUAUUUUACAAUCAGUAUUAAUAGAAGUAGUGAUCUUAAUUUAAAUUCAAAAGGAAAUUUAUAUCAGAGUUGUUUGUAAUGUUAUUGUAUAGUCAUUCUUGUGUAGCACACAUAUUGUUUACACUGUAGUGUAGGCUCAAUUAAACAAAUAGACAAUACAAAAAUGAGAUGCAUUUUAGACACAAAAAUAGCUACUGAGGCACUUGUGUAUUCUUAUUUGCUGUUCCAGUUUCUGUAUAUGCUCAAAAUGUCAAUUGCAGAUUGCUACUAAUGACUUGUUUGCCUUAAAAAAAAGAAAUCACCAUUUGGGGGUGAUAACCAGGCACAACCUGCAUCUCACAUUUUGGCAUAUACACAUGGCUUUGCAUACAUAUGUGGCUGUUUGUCCCUGUCUCUUUUCUUCAACUCAGAUGUGGAUGUUUUCAUGAGAUUGGCAGCAUUCUUGUAUAGUACUCGUAUUUCUGUUUGAUGAUACACUUUGGUCUCCCUUUUUGAAAUUUGCUCUCAAUGCAAUACUUUGUAAAUGAGGGAACAUUACUGAAAAGCAGUAUUAUGAAAUGGGGACUGUGCAUAUAAUUAUUUGUAAACCCCAAAGGGAAAAAAAAGAAGUUGUACAAGAAUUUAUUGCUGACGAACAAGAUGGGCGGGAGGUCAGUGGGGAUACUGAUGUAAAAAUGAUCAUUCCAAUGUCCUGAUUAUGGGAGAAAAUGUUUCUUAAAACGUUGUUGCUAUGCAUGUAUAUGGAUGGAAUUAAAUUCCAGAUCUGUUGGAAAUUUUUAUUUUGAUGUGGUGUCAUAAUUAAACUUAAAUCCUCAGGAUAAACCGCUGUUGUCUGGUCUUUCUUUACUUGCAAAUGUGAAAACUAGAGUAUCUAAACAUUUAUUUUUGUAGGCAAAGUAUUUGCUGGACUACAGGUCAAUGUGUACAUUGAUUUUUGCCAUAACUUAAUAACUGUGUUGAAGUAUGGGGCAACACAUGAGUAACUUCAUUUAUUUUACAAAAUGUCAGUGAUAAUUAUUCAUAAUGUACAUCCACAGGAACACACUUUUAUUUACUCGGGCCUUUGAAAACUUAAGGAUUUAAUAGAAUUUCAGUCUAUUAGUUGUGUACAAAGAAAAAGAAAAAUAUCACAAUAUUUCCAAAGAUUGUUUGUCUCAAAAUUCUGAGGACAUGCUACAUCGAAAAACAUUUCAUUUUAGGCAUCCGUUUGCACUAACUACCUUAAAAUAUAUGUCUGUGUCUGUGCAGACAUCUUUAGAUUUAAGAAAAUGUAUACAAAACAAUAAUCAGACCGUAUGAAGAUGUUACGUAAUAUGUUUUGCUUCCGGUAUAUUUUUGUGAUGACUGCUUGAUUUUUUAUGUUACUCUCAAAGUUUGUUAAGUAACUGCCAGCUGUGACGACAGACAAGCUCAUCUUGAAUAAGGUGCAGGUAAAAUAAAAGUUGUUCUCCCUGCUCCAUUCCAUCACUGUGUAAAAAGUGUAAGUGUGUUCUUUGCAGGCCAGACUCAUCUGCUCGAAAAUUAAAAAAAUUAAUCAACUCCAAAGAUAAGAGGUCCAUAUCUGGUUGUGAUGUAACUCAAUAAGUAACAAAUGACACAGAGAGAGGAACUCAAUUCAUCUUCCCCUAAGGCUAUAACAAGGCAGAAUAUUAAGGCCAAAUGAAAUAGAUAAAAAAGUAUCAGGGUGAGCAUUGACGUGUGUGGCCUUUACAUUGAUAAGGGGUAAUGUAUUAAUUUUUGUCUCAGGCCAAUCGGGUAAAAAGGCUGAAAUAACAACUUGAAGGAUAAGAUUUUCUGAAUCUAAGACAGCAAAUAUUUCAUCACGCUGAAAAACCCUCGUUAUUCUCAAUUCUAAUGAAGCAGAGCGGCACAAAAAGAUACGUGGACCUCUUGAUGAACCUAACAAGUACACAGUCUCUACAGAUUGCUGAAGGUAAAAAAUAUUUUAUUGAAUAUUUAAAACAUAUUCAAUGGUUAUAGUCUAGUUGCCGGCAUAGUGAACCCGGAAA